UUCAGGACUUCCGGUUGGGGAAACAGGCGAAGUGGCGGUGGCUGAAGUGGGCGCAGGGGCUCCCGGCUACAGGACGCUGGGCUGGGGAGAUGUUCCGAACAGCCAUCAUGAUGGCUGCCAGCCUGGCCUUGACCUCUGCUGUAGUGGCUCAUGCCUAUUACCUGAAGCACCAGUUCUACCCGACGGUAGUGUACCUGACCAAGUCCAGUCCCAGCAUGGCGGUUCUAUACAUUCAAGCUUUUGUCCUGGUGUUCCUGUUAGGCAAAUUCAUGGGCAAAGUGUUUUUUGGACAGCUGCGAGCAGCGGAAAUGGAGCAUCUGCUUGAGCGGUCAUGGUAUGCAGUGACCGAGACCUGCCUUGCCUUCACAGUCUUCAGGGAUGACUUCAGCCCUCGUUUUGUGGCCCUUUUCACACUCCUGCUCUUUCUCAAGUGCUUCCACUGGCUGGCAGAAGACCGGGUGGACUUUAUGGAGAGGAGUCCAAACAUUUCCUGGCUCUUCCAUUUCCGCAUUGUCUCUCUGAUGUUGCUGUUGGGCAUCCUGGAUUUCUUGUUUGUCAACCACGCCUACCACAGUAUCCUCACACGGGGAGCUUCCGUCCAGCUGGUGUUUGGGUUUGAAUAUGCCAUCCUCAUGACAAUGGUGCUCACCAUCUUCAUCAAAUACAUCCUGCACUCCAUCGACCUCCAGAGUGAGAAUCCCUGGGACAACAAGGCAGUGUACAUGCUUUACACAGAACUCUUCACAGGUUUCAUCAAGGUGUUGCUGUACAUGGCCUUCAUGACCAUCAUGAUCAAAGUACAUACCUUCCCGCUGUUUGCUAUCCGGCCCAUGUACCUGGCUAUGAGACAGUUCAAAAAGGCUGUGACAGAUGCCAUCAUGUCCCGCCGGGCCAUACGCAACAUGAACACCCUGUAUCCUGAUGCCACCCCAGAAGAGCUGCAGGCCAUGGACAAUGUGUGUAUUAUCUGUCGGGAGGAGAUGGUGACAGGUGCUAAACGCCUACCUUGCAACCACAUAUUCCACACCAGCUGCCUGCGGUCAUGGUUCCAGCGCCAGCAAACCUGCCCCACGUGCCGGAUGGAUGUCCUCCGUGCCUCCCUCCCAACUCAGUCCCAGACGCCCCCUGAGCAGCAGGAGGCAGGGCAGCAGCCGCCAGCACACCAGACUCCGCUGAUUCCUCAGCCACCUAAUUUUCCCCAAGGCGUCCUGCCUCCUUUUCCACCUGGGAUGUUUCCGUUGUGGCCCCCCAUGGGCCCAUUUCCUCCAGUGCCUGGUGCCCAGCCACCCAACAACGCAGAUAACGCUUCAGCUGCUCCUUCCACAUCAGGGACGCAACCCGCAGCAGGCACUUCACGGCCCAGUGGAGGCUCAGCAUCUGGAUCAGACUCCACUGCCCCUACAGGAACAGUGCCAGGUUUCCCCUUCCCUCCACCUUGGAUGGGGAUGCCCUUCCCCCCUCUCUUUGGUUUCCCUCCUAUGCCGGUUCCGCCCUCCGGGUUUGCAGGACUGACUGAAGAAGAGCUGCGAGCCAUGGAAGGCCAUGAACGGCAGCACUUGGAAGCCCGGCUCCAGUGCUUGCAGAACAUUCACACGCUCCUCGAUGCGGCCAUGUUGCAGAUCAACCAGUAUCUCACAGUCCUGGCCACUAUUGGGACGCCCCGCUCUGCACCACCACCAAGCGCUCCAGCCACUUCAGCAUCCUCUCAGGAGACUGCCAGUGCAGAGCCCAGCACCAGCGAACCCACCACUUUCCAGUCCGCUGACAGCACUACUUCGGCAGCAGUGGUCCCAGAUUCCUCAACCCAAGCAGCUCCUUCCCCAGAGGCAGGCGCUGAGGGUUACACAGCCCCAACCGGUCCUCCUGAGCAAGAUGACGAGCCCUCUUCCCUGGAGGAGCCGGAUACAGCAGAGCUGCGCAGGCGUCGCCUUCAAAAACUGGAACUGCCCUCCUCCUCCUCUUCUCAUUGACGUCCCUCCUGCCCCUUUCCGGCGAGCCUUGCUCUGUGCCUCAGUUAACAGUCUGACUGAUUUCGGCCCCCAACCCCAACCCCCAGCAAACAUGGGAUGAGAGCAGAGGGGGAAAACGAGAACUGGACAGCUCAACUGCUGCACCAACAAGUGCCGACACGAUGAGAGGUCACUGGGAAUGCCGUUCGGCAGGGGUGGCUGUGUGGUGGCAGCGGCAGUUCUGCCUCUCGAUGUCCUAAUUCUAAGGGGGGGGCGUAAAUCACCCGUCCCUCCAUCCUGACUGGCCCUGAUCCAGUUACUCUCACCAGUGCGGUAAUGUUUCUUGCUUCCAAAGUCAUGUUUGGUAUCUGGAUAUCAGCUGGACAGACUCAUAGUUGCAAGAGCAGCGCAUUGAGCUUGGGGAAGAACUUCCUUGGGUUAUCCCCUAAACAGGGUGGGAGCUGCCAGUUAAGGGACCUUCCCCCAACUGGAAAGGAGCUGUUUCACCUACAUAUAAUCUCUCACCACCACCCCCUCCCCCCGGUUUGGACCGCCAGCUUUCUAGUUCUGUAGUGGUUUUGUGUGGACUCCUCCUUUUCCUGGGAGGAAAGCAGCAGUAAUAAAUGGGGAAGAGCUGACUGAGGUGUGUAUGUUUUGCCACCUGUAGGUGGAGGUAAAAUGCAGGAGGCCUUCUCAGGAUAGCUGAGCGUGGAACCACAGCCGUCUUCCCAAGGCCUCGCUCCCAUCUCCAAAACCACCUGCCUGUGGUGGGAGCCAAAGUUGCCUAGGAGGAGCUUGGAAUUGCAUCCUGCGGACUUUGAACUGUGUUUCUGGGCCAGCGUUGAGACUGCAGAGACAGGGAGAGAUCUUUCUGCUCCUGGCUGCAUCUGACUGGAUUGUAAACUUGCGUGUGCCCUCCUUAUUUUCACAGAUUUGUGGGGUGGCUUUUCAGUGCAGUAAACUUGUGACUUGAAUCCAUUUUCUCCUUGUGCUUCCUUAUUUGGCUUAAAAAACAACAACCACGAAACACAUCCCCAACAACAAUUCUUGUGGUGUGAGUUAAGGCAAGCAAUAGUUAGCUGUAGCAGUUCUGGCAUGGUGUUCCCCAAGGGGGUUUGGGAAGGGAUGCGUGAUCUUGGAGGUAUCUGCCUUGCCCUGCCAAACGUCCUUGGCUGCUUCACCUUCCUGGUUUAAGGAUGGGUCAGGUGGUGAUGGGGACUUUGCUGAUGCAGCCCUAGGAGCUCCAUGGUGGCUGCUCCUUGAUUCUAGUACUGAGCAAUCUGCUACAGACCAUGGUCAAGAGAAGCCCAGUAGAACUGACUUAGGAACUCACUUAAAGUAUAUUCUUGUCCAGGAGAACUCUGCUGUGUAGUUCUCUAGAAUCAAGCCCUGAGUUUCUGACUAGCACGCCUCCCCCUCUCCGAAACAGCUUUUUAGAAUUUGGAUCUGCCGCUGCUCUGUGCACGAGCUUUUCAGUCUUGCUCCAACACAGCAAAGCUCGUGCAAAAGCUGUUGCAGGCAGUACAGGUCGUCGUUUAUCUCCCUGCAGAAGGUGCUAGGAAACUGAAUUUGGCUAUACUUCCUAUGUUGGUCCAACUUUUUGGGUUUUUGGACAUAAUGUUCCCUUUUAUCUGUCUGGUGUAGUGUGCUUGUAUUUCCACCCAUUAAUGGUGUAUAUAGAAAAUGCUUAGGAUCCAAAAGACUGUGUGUGUGUGGAGGGAGGACUUCUGUGCAUAUAGUGGGGCUUCUGCCAACGACAAACCAGACUAGGUGGCAAACUGCUCCCAAGCCUUGGAAAAGACCUGCUGUGACAGUACAAGGAAGCCUACACAUGAGCAAGAACCGCCACAGAAGCCCCAGUGCAUGUUCAGAAGUAUUUGCUAGAGCGCCAUCAGUGUGUGCGCGUGUCUCUUGGAACCAUGGUUUUGUGUGAGAUGCAAUGAAGUCUCUAUAAUUUUAAACGGCUGUAGGUGUUUAUGGCAGGAAUUGGGACAUGUCCGGCGUGGGGAGGGGCUUUGAGUGCUGGAGCCAACAGUAUUUUCUAACUUUGGAUUUCCAUAAUCCAAGUGGGUGGAGUUGCUUGACUCUCUUAUGGGGGGGUCCCUAUAUACAUGCUUGGUAGGGGGAAAUACUCUGUACUGCUGCUUCUGCAGAGAAGGGGGGUGUUGUCUGUCCUACACCAUCUUCCCACAUCCCUAGCUCAACACUGUGGUGUUUCAGGAAACUGGAACUUUGUUCCAUUCAGGUACACCUGCUUUAUAGCUGAGAUUCUUGAGAUCAGACCCGGUCCGCUUUUCAAGAUAGGCGUGUCACCUUUUCUUCUUUAAAAAGCCCCAGGGCUUUUUUCUAAGGAAGAAUAGUAGUUUUAAGAGUGGUUAUUAACUCUCAGAUGCAGUAUUAAAAUUGGCUUUUUGGCAGAAUAGUGAGUAAUGUAGACCUGCUUUACUUCCUGGGCUGUCACUUUGCUGCUUGGGGUGAAAGCAGCGUAGCUCUUCUGUUCUUGUGUUUGGAAGAAGCACGCCAGGGAUUGUUCAAAGUAUUGCGUUAAAUAGAAGAUUUCGGUCAAGGCUUCUAAUAACUUAAACUUCCUUGGUAGUGAAUAGAAGGACUUCAGUCUGGAUACAGUGGCUUUUUUGCCCACCUGCCUGCAGUGAGGGUGAGAGGAAUAUGUCGUUUUUGGACAGGAAGCAGUUGGCAGUCCCACAGCCAGUCUGUCUCUGGAGCAAAGCUGCUUUUGUAAGAAUGUGAUAAAUAACUGACUACGCCCAGGUGUUUCUGCAAGCACAAUCCUCUUGUAAGGGAUGUGCAGAACAAUCAUGAAGUCGAA